UUAAGCGUGAGGAGCAUUUUAUAAGCGCCCAAUGUAGAAUGUAGAGAGAGCUGGAUACAGCUAAAUGCUGUGGUUAGAACGUUGCCAUCUUUCUUUCCUCUUCCUACCCCACCUUCUCCAAAUUCUAAUCACUGUUUAAACCAUGUUUAUCCCAAAACCACCUCCCUAAUAACCCCUUAAUUUCUCUCUCACACACAGUUUCCCACAUCUCUCAUACACUUCCUGCUUCUCUCUCUCUCUCGUCCUUUUUCCUCAUUCUCUUCUUCACAAAACAUCACUCUUUUUUCAUUUCACCGACAACACAACAACGUGAGUUAAACAAAAAACAGUAACUCCACGCAGCCAUGACAGACAGGGUGUACCCAUCCGCCAAGCCCGCCGUGGUUAACGGCGGCGCCGCCAACCCAUCUUUCCCGGCGACGAAGGCUCAACUUUACGGCGCCACCCGCCCCACCUACCGCCCUCAACCCCACCACCGGCGCCGGAGCCGGCGACGGUGCUGCUGCACCUUCUUCUUCUGGCUGAUCCUCACCGUGCUGAUCCUCCUCCUCCUGAUCGGCGUCGCCGGCACGGUGUUCUACCUCCUCUACCGCCCGCACCACCCCACCUUCACCGUCACGUCGCUGAAACUCUCCUACCUGAACCUCACCUCCUCCUCCAACACCCUGAACUCCCGCUUUGACAUCACCGUCUCCGCCACGAACCCCAACAAGAAGAUCCUCUUCGCCUACGACCCCACCUCCAUCACCAUCCUCUCCGGCGACAUCGACGUCGGCGACGGAACCGUCCCCGGCUUCCAGCACCCGAAGAAGAACACCACGCUCAUCAAAGCCUCCAUCCUCAGCUCCGGCCACGCGCUCCAAAGCGACGAAGCUUCACGUUUGAAGUCCAGCAUGAAGAGCAAGAACGGGUUGCCACUCAAAGUGAAUUUGGAAACCAAAGUGAAGGCCAAGAUGGGAAAUUUGAAAACCCCAAAAGUGGGAAUCAGAGUCUCCUGCGACGGAAUCAGAGUCACUCUUCCCUCCGGCAAGAAACCGGCAACGGCGUCCACUUCCAACGGUAAGUGCGACGUCGAUGUUCGGUUCAAGAUCUGGAAGUGGACCAUUUGAUCCACGUAAUAAUGUACACCAUACAACACAGAGGGCUGCCGGGGCUUCAGUCGGUGACAGUUGUUAGCAUGUUGAAUGCAUACUAGUCUAUUUUUUUGCUAGAUAUAUUUGUAUUUUUCUAUUACUACUUUGUCUCUGCGUUUAUUCUUUUGCAUUCCAUCACAGCAUUAUUUUAAUCUGUUAAUGUUAAAAAGUCAGGCACCGGUUGUAAUUUUUAUUUAUUUUAGGGUAGGGGAAUGUAAAAUAUUUGUUGGUUGAUCC